CCUGGCAGCUUGCAGCUGGCUACCUGUGCUGCAGCCAUUGCAGAGCUACAGCUAGUCCCAAGAAGCUGCUGCUGUCCUUGCUCACAGAACACAUGCAGGAGGCAGUCCUGUCUGGGCCUCCUUCCACUCUGUACCUGGCGGUCCCAGCCUUCUCUGGAUGGAAGGAGAGACAGGCGAGGUGGGACCUGAGGAAGCAAGGAAGAAGCCACGAUCCGGCUCCUGGGAGUCAGAGCUGGCCUCUGCCACAUUCAGAGCACAGUGCUGAAUGAAUCCAAGAAAUCCCAGCUGUCGGAGUCUCUAAGUUUUUAGAAAGUCACUCUCCUCAACUGUGAGCUCUCCGGCCUUGCCUCCAGGUGUGAUAGUGCCACAUACUGUUUUAAAGCUUAUUUUUAAACUUUCACAAGUAACAGCCUCUGGGAGUGAAUUCUGGAACAAUGUGGACCUUGGCACUGUGGGUGUUCUCUCUACUCUACAAAUUCAGCCUGGCAGUUCUGCCGGCUAAGCCAGAAAACAUCUCCUGCAUCUUAUACUUUAACAAACGCAUGACUUGUACUUGGAGUCCAGAGGAAACCAAUGGCACCAGCUACACUGUGAGGAUGACAUACUCCUUUGGAAAAAGAAAUCACACUAAUUAUACCACGAAGUCUUCAUAUUCUUUCCCCCCCCGGGUAACAUUACCUCCCGAUAACUGCGAUGUUGAAGUGGAAGCUCAAAAUGGAGACGGUAAAGUCAAGUCUGACCUCACACACUGGGAUUUAGACGCCAUAGUGAAAACUGAACCACCUAUAAUUUUAAGUGUGAAUCCAAUUUCCAAUAAAAUGUUCCAGAUACAGUGGAAACCUCAUGAAAACCUUUAUUCGUAUUACCUAAAGUGCAUGAUUCGGUUCAGGACUAUCAACAGUACCCACUGGUCAGGAGUCAACUUCGAGGGUUGUGACCGGGUCUGCAACCUCACAGGGCUUCAGGCUUUCACAGAAUAUGUCAUAGCUCUGCAAUUCAAGACUAAUAAGUCAAGAUACUGGAGCAACUGGAGCAAAGAAGAAACUGCAACGACUAUGGAGGAAGUUCCACAUGUCCUGGAUCUGUGGAGAGUCCUGGGACCAGCAGACAUGAACGGAGUCAGGAAUGUGCUAUUGCUGUGGCAGAAGGCAAGAGGAGCUCCAGUCUUGGAGAGAGCACUUGGCUACAACAUACAGUACUUUCCAGAAAACAGCACUAACCUCACAGAGAUAAACAACAUCACAGGCCAGCAGUACGAACUGCUUCUGAUGGGCCAGACACACUGUGUGUCUGUGACAUCUUUUAAUUCUCUUGGGAAGUCCCAAGAGGCCACGCUGAGGAUCCCAGCUGUCGAUGAGGACACCUUCCAGGGCAUCCGGGCCAUGCAGGCCCACCUUGCUGAGCCGCUGCUGGCGGUCGAGUGGCAGAGCUCCAUUCCCGAGGUGGACACGUGGAUGGUGGAAUGGUUUCCAGAUGAAGCACAGUCAAAGUUCCCCGCUCUCUCCUGGGAAUCUGUGUCUCAGGUCACCAACUGGACCAUCGAGCAAGAUAAAUUGAAACCUUUCGUAUGCUAUAAUAUAUCAGUGUAUCCAGUGUUGGGAAACAAAGUGGGAAAGCCAUAUUCAAUCCAAGCUUAUGUCAAGGAAAAAGCUCCCUCCAAAGGUCCUGAGACCAGGGUGGAGAACAUCGGUCUGAAGACAGCGACAGUCAUAUGGAAAGAGAUUCCCAAGAGUCUUAGAUAUGGAUUUAUCAACAAUUACACGAUAUUUUACCAAGCUGAAGGUGGGAAAGAGUUCUCCAAGACAGUCAACUCCAGUGUCCUGCAGUAUGACCUGGAGUCUCUGACACGAAGAACCUCUUACACUGUUCGGGUCAUGGCCAGCAACAGAGCUGGGGGAACCAAAGGGGCGACAAUAAACUUUAAGACUUCAUCAAUCAGUGUUUUUGAGAUUGUCCUUCUAACAUCUGUAGUCGGAGGAGGCCUGCUUCUACUGAGCAUCAAAAUGGUGACUUUGGGUCUCAAAAAGUCAAAUAGCCGCUUUACUCGUCUGUGUUGUCCUGAAGUUCCCAAUCCUGCGGAAAGUAGUUUAGCCACGUGGCUCAAAGAUGAUUUCAAGGGCAAGUCAAAUCUGAAGGAGUCCAAAACCACUGGGAAUACAGAAGACAGGGCCCUAAAACCGAGUCUGGUGCCCGCCGACCUCAUUGACAAGCUGGUAGUGAGCUUUGAGAAUUUUCUGGAAGUAGUUUCCACAGAGGAAGCUGGAAAGGGUCAGGAGAGCCCUUGGGGAGGAGAGGAGAAUGAGUACGUGGCCUCCCCGUCUAGGCCUGCCAGUCCCCCCGGGAAGAGUUUUCAGGAGCCCUCCCCUUUAACCGAGGCUGUUUCUGGAGACUCCCACCGCCGGCCUCUGGGAACGGUGGAGGAGACAGACUCAGAGUUCAGCAAGCCACUUCCGUCUUCCGGGCAGAGUCCGGGAUGUGAGCCUCCCGGAGAGGAGCAAGCUCUGAAUCCGUACCUGAAAAAUUCAGUGACGACCAGGGAGUUUCUCGUGCAUGAAAAUCUCCCAGAGCACAAAGGAGAGAUCUAAGUGCCCCUGUGGAGCGAGGACCUCGGAGACUGAAUGGGGACACCGAGACUUCCAGAUGCCUCCCUGUCCACCCCCGCCCCCGCCCCCAUUCAUUUUGCUGCCCAGAAUUUAGUGACACAGACGACUUACGCCUGGAAGAACCAAGCGCUUUAGAGGGAAAAGGAAGUCACCGAGGCCUCCUGAACCUGUGGUCUCAAGAGACGGACUCCGCUUCGGAGCCUAGAGGUGGACGUGCCUGAUCUUCUCCCCAGGGGCCAAGCUGUCCUGGCUGUUGCUGAAGCUGCGCUCAGGAUUCCUGGACAGUUGUUCGUUCCCUGAACACCUCCUCCUCCCCGCGCAGAGGCCAGGAAGUGGACGGGUUCUUAAGAGUACACCAGGCUCCCCUGGCCUUAGCACCAUCUCAAGGGUCUUGAGCAGUGCCCUUCCUGGGACUCUUCAUCACCAACUUACUUUAUUAUUUUCUUUUUCUUUUCAGUAUUGGGGGUUGAACUCAGAGACGUGUUUAUGCUAGGCAAGUGCUCCACCCAACCCCUUCACCCCAAGUUUAUCACACAUUGACUGCUGGUAAGUCAAGAAACCUCCGCUACUGGCCUGGCCUGGCCGGUCCGCCUACUCCGUUCGCCGUUUCUCAGCUCUUGCUGCUCGUGUCUUGUGUUGUGCCGGGCAGUAAGAAGACACUGACCCUCACGCUGCCGUGGAGCCCAGGAAUGCUCACUGAGAAGACCCUGAAACGGCUUCUUCCAGCCCCACUGUGCAGGGCCUGGGGACAGGCAGCGCUUACUUAGCAGCCUUACUGCUGCACCAUGAGGGCCUCUGCACCUUUGCUGCAGCCAGGAACAGAGCUUGUGACAAGAAGUGCAGUAAGGGAAUUUAUUUGGCAGAAGUGCCAGUAAGGGAAUUUAUUUGCCUGGCCCUGAGGAACUGUGUGACUGCCUGUGUACAGUGGUCCGGGUCACUUGGGUGGAAGUUUUUGUCGGUGAGUUGGUGUUCCCCUCCCUCCACCAGGAGUCCUGUCUAGUUAGAGGGUGUCAUCUGCAGUCUCCAUGACCCCUGCUGCCAGGAAACUCAGUCACCCCCAUAUCCUCCCAGAAGCCUACUGUCUUAGGUCUCCAGCUUUUCACAGAGAUGCCCCCACCCACGGUUUCUCUUCUCCCUGUAUACCCUUUGUCCUCCCUCCCAUCUCCCCAAGUCUGAUCUGAACCCUCAUUUUUCUCUACACUCCCUCUCCGACCUUGUUCCCUCUCUUCAACCACUGUUGCUGUCUAUUUCCUCUUCUGAGUGAGAUUUAAGCCUCCUUUUUUGGGUCCUUCUUGUUACUUAUCUUCUGUGAAUUGUAUUAUGGUUAUCCUGUACUAUAUAACUAAAAUAUACUUAUAUACAUACCAUGUGUGUCUUCGUGGGUCUGGGUUACCAAACUCAGGAUGAUCUUUUCUAGUUCCAUCCAUUUGCCUGUAAAUUUCAUGAUUUCCUAGAAUUCCAUUAUGUAUCCAUUCUUGGGUUGAGGGACAUUUAGAUUGUUACCAGAUUCUGGCUAUUAUGAAUAAGGCUGCUAUGACUACAGCUGAGCAAGUGUCCUUGUUUUAUGGUGGAGCAUCUUUUGGGUAUAUGCCCAGGAGUGGUAUAGCUGGGUCUUGAGAUAGAUCUAUUCCUGAUUUUCUGAAAAGGUGGCAGAUUGAUUUCUAAAGUGAUUGUGUAAGUUUGCACUCCCACCAGCAAUGGAAGAGUGUUCUCCUUUUUCCACAUCCUCGCCACCAUGUGCUAUCACUGGAGUUUUUGAUCUUAGCCAUUCUGAUGGGUGUAAAAUGGAAUCUCAGAGUCAUUUUGAUUUGCAUUUUCUUGAUGACUAGGGAUGUUAGACAUUUCUUUCAGUGCUUCUCAACCUGAGAUUUCUCUAUCAAGAAUUCUCAAAUCCAUUUUUAACUGGAUUAUUUGGUUUGUUGAUGUUUAAUUUCUUGAGUUCUACUACUAGGGAGCAAUAGUAAUAGAAACUGCAUGGUACUGGCAUAGAAACAACGGUGGAUCAAUGGAACCAAACUGAAGACCCAGAAAUAAACCCACACACCUACAGACACUUAAUUUUUGACAGAGGAGUCAAAACCAUACAAUGGAAAACCCAAAAAAAAAAAAAAAAAAAAAAAAAAAAGACAGCAUCUUCAACAAAUGGUCCUGGUCUAACUGGAUAUCCACAUGUACAACCACGCGAAUAGAUUCAUAUUUAUCAUCCUGCACAAAACUCAACUCCAGGUGGAUCAAAGACAUAGAACUAGAAACACUGAAUCUCUUAGAAGAGAAAGUGGGGAAGAGCCUUGAACUCAUUGGUGCACGAGACAACUUCCUGAGCAGAACACCAACAGCUGAGGCCCUAAGGCCAAAAGUUAAUAAAUGGGACCUCUUGAAACAGAAAAGCUUCUGUAAUGUAAAUGACACCGUCAAGAGAAUGAAAUAGAAGUCUAUAGACUGGCAGUCUACACCCGACAAAAGGCUAAUAUCCAAAAUAUAUGAAGAACUCAGCCACAUUUUUUGGUUGCAAGCUUACUGUGGGCCCAAGAAGGUGUGCAGUUCCCUGAAGCCCCCCUCUCUCCACAGACCAUUUAAAUAGUCCCACUGUGCCUCAGAGGCUUACACCUCCCCCAACCCUGCUCUUUGUCCCUAAUCUAUACAGUGACUGUUCACAGAUCAGGAAACCAAGGAGGGACACGGGGGGGGGGGGGCAGAACUCUCACUCUGGAGAUCACCCUCCUGUCCGUCUGCUCUCAGGCCUUGGAAAUGAGUUAACAAGCUGGCUAUUUGAUCCCAGGGCUGGCCCAAGCUCCUUCCCUUCCCACUGUGUGGCUUUG